CAAAACUGCGCCCAACGAAGAAGACGCGUCAGAAAAGUUCCAGUGCCCAACAUGGCGUCCGUGGCACCGAGCUGUCAAAGCAAGUGAAGCCAGAGAUAAACCCGAGCGACUCCCCCCGACAGGACAGCCUCCCAGCGGGCGACUUCCAUGCCUGUCACCGGUUCGCGAACGUCCCGGGGCCUCUGGGACUGCGAGCCGUGAACCCCGAAGCCGUAUGGCGUCCGCCCAAGCUCGGAUCGGCCAGCAGGCCCUGGCCGUCCUCGACGUGGCUCUUCGGGUCCCCUGCAUCUUCAUCAUCGACGCGAUUUUCAACUCGUAUUCCGAGCCCGGGCCCGGGUGGACCGGUACCGUCGUGAAUGGCUCGCUGCGAGUUGUUGGUGUACUCGUCUCCGGCGUGGUGCUGCUACUCUCCCAGAAGGCCUUGUUCAAGUUCUACACCCUCUUCCUGGCCGUCCUGUUGGGCGCCGCGGCCGUCCUGGUCAACUACCACGCCACGUCCCACGUGGACUUUUACAGCGCCUACUACAAGGCGGCGCUGGGCUUCCGGACGCUGCCCAGAAACGGGCCGACGCUGUGGCUGGGCCUGGCCGCCGUGCAGCUGGCGUUCGGCGUGGGCUACGUGUUCCUCUUGGGACUGCAGUCGUCGCUGGCGGCCCUCGUGGUCCUGGACGUGAUGGUGCCCGUGUGGGGGCUCAUGAUCGAGCUGCCCCAGGACGCGCGGCGGACGGUGGCCAUCUUCUCGGGCGCGGGCCUGGCGCUCAACACGGCCGCGUGCCUCGCCGUGCGCCUCAAGUGGUUCUACUACUCGUGCCGCUACGUCUACCUGCUGGUGCGGCACAUGUACCGCAUGUACGGCCUGCAGCUGCUGCUCAAAGAUACCUGGAAGCGGAUCCGCUUCCCGGACGUGCUGCGGGUCUUCUGGCUGACCCGCAUCGCGGCGCAGGCCGUCAUCCUGGUCUACGUGGUGCAAGCGGUGCGAAUGGAGAGCGGCGACGCCGACGGGAGCUCGCAGGGCUACCUGCUGGGCUGGGACGUCCUGUGGGACGUGACGAGCAACCUGAUCAUCUCCGGCUGCGACUCCACGCUCACCGUCCUGGGCAUGAGCGCCGUCAUCUCGUCGGCGGCGCACUACCUGGGCCUCAGCAUACUCACGUUCAUCGGUUCGACCGAGGAGGAGGACAAACGUUUAGGCUUCGUGGCUCCGGUGCUGUUCUUCAUCCUGGCUCUGCAGACCGGACUCAGCAGCCUGGACCCCGAGGAACGCCUGGUCCGGCUGAGCCGCAACUUGUGCCUCCUGCUGACGGCCAUCCUGCACUUCAUCCAAGGGAUGACGGACCCAGUUCUGAUGUCGCUGAGCGCCUCGCACGUGUCCUCCCUCCGCCGCCACCUCCCCGUGCUGCUGGUCUCGGCGGCGCUCUUCGCCCUGCCGGUGGCCCUGAGCCUCGCCCUGUGGCGCCACCACGCCCUCAACACCUGGCUCUUCGCCGUCACCGCCUUCUGCGUGGAGCUGUGCCUCAAGGUGUCGGUGUCGCUGACCGUCUACGGCCUCUUCGUGGCGGACGGCUUCUCGGACGCGCUGUGGGAGAAGCUGGACGACUACGUGUACUACGUGCGCUCGGCGGGCAACGUGAUUGAGUUCCUGUUCGGCGUGGUGAUGUUCGGCAACGGCGCCUACACCAUGAUGUUCGAGUCCGGCAGCAAGAUCCGCGCCUGCAUGAUGUGCCUGCACGCCUACUUCAACAUCUACCUGCAGGCGCGCAACGGCUGGAAGACCUUCACCAACCGCCGCACGGCCGUCAAGAAGAUCAACUCGCUGCCGGAGCUGCGCGGCGAGCAGCUGCGCCGCAUCGAGGACGUGUGCGCCAUCUGCUACCAGGACUUCGCCGCCUCGGCCCGCAUCACGCCGUGCCGCCACUACUUCCACGCGCUGUGCCUGCGCAAGUGGCUCUACAUCCAGGACACCUGCCCCAUGUGCCACCAGAGGGUCAACGUGGACGACGACGGCCAGGACCGGGAGGCCUUCUCCAACAACAACGGGGGCUACGCGCCGCCGCAGGAGGCCCCCGCCGCCCCCCCGGCGGAGGAGAAUCCGCCCGCCGACGAACGGCCGGUCAACAGGGCUGCGGCGAGCGGGUCGGCGACCGGCGGCCGGCCGGCGGCGCCGACUGCGGCGGGCGAGCCGGACCGCGAGCUGCUGGAGGACAACGACAGCAUCGAGUACGACGACGACGACGACUGGGGCGUGCAAAACGGCGGCACGCCCGCGGAGGAAGAAUAUUUGAACGAUGACACGGACUCCACGGACGACUGACUGACGGGCGGGGGCGGGGACAAAAAAAAAAAAAAAGAGAGAGAGAACGUCGAUCGAACAAAACGUCAGGGAAGAUUUUUGCGUUUUGGGCGGUUUUACUCCCAAAAUGAGUGAUUGAGUGUCAAUAUGCGUGACUCUGGGGGUGCGUGCGUGCGUGCGAGAGGAACGAGCGCAUGGAAGCCAUGUGUGAGAGUCUCCUGAGAGCAAGAAUGUCAGUGACAAAGCUUGUAAAUGAGAGGGCGUUUUUUUUUUUUUUUUUUUUCACUUUUUAUUUUAUUAAC